CUCUGUCUCUGAAAGCUCUGUUUGAUUGUGAGUGAAAAAAUGGAUAGGAAUUUGGAGAGCUCUGCCUCUGAUGAGGUUAACUUCGACGCCAUGUUCUCCGGAGUGAGCCUUCAGUCUUUUCUCACUCUGAAUACUACUCACACAAUGCCCUCAUCAGCUACCACCACGUCCACGUAUCCCUGCCAGGACUUUCCGGCUCUCAAUCUCAACCGCUCCGCAUCCGCCUCCGCCUCCGCCGCCCACCUCGGAGAAAGCUCUUCUCUCAACUACGCUGGCUCGGACUCGGAGUUCAAGCUUCCCAAAACCGAACCGUUUUAUUAUCCAUCGGACGGGUUCCUCGAAACUGAGUCUACUCAGCCAUUUAACUUCUUAUCCAUCCCAAUCCCAAACCACUCCGUUCUCACCAACUCCACGUCAUCAUCUUCUUCACCUUUCCACCACUUGCCAGACCUACACUCCCUCGAACUCACCCGAGCUCAACAGGUCCAAGUCCAACUUUGUCGUCCUCUUCUUCCUGAGUUGCCAUCGAAACGAGUCCGAGUUGAGUCGGCGACUACUCGCAGCCAGGAAACCCUAGACUCAAUCGUGCAGAGCUGCAGGGUGAUGCCACAGAGCAAGCUGGCAAGGAGGCGUCGUCAGAAGCUGAGCGAGAAGACGCAGAGCUUGCAGAGGCUAAUGCCAUGGGACACGAAGAUGGACAUGGCGACUAUGAUGGACGAGGCCCAUAAGUACAUCACGUUCCUUCAGGCCCAACUCAAGGCCCUUCAGACCAUGCCUCCUUCCUCCUCUUCUACUUCCUCAUCCUCUUCCUCUUCGGCCAAUUACGAGUUUGGUGGGCUGGAGAGGCUGACCCGAAACCAGGUCCUCCGGGUCCUACUCAACUCGCGUGUUGCUCAGACUGUGCUCUACUCCAAAGGCUGUUGCGUUGUCUCUGUCGAGCAGUUGGAUUUGCUCCAAAAGCUGAUUUUCCAGCAGCGGCAACAACAGCAACUGGUGCUUGCUCCAUCUUCGUCCAGGCUCUUCUUCAAUCACUGACUCCUCUGACACUCAUCAGAGUAUUUUCUUGGUGGCGCGUCUUUUCCACGCCCCUUUUGCGCUUUUUUGGCAUUUUUAGUUUUUCUAACUAAGGGAAAUCUUAUAGGAAUAUGAAAAGGUUACUAGUAGUCUAGUGUUUUAGCUCCAAAAAAAAAAAAAAAAGAGGAAGAAAAGAAAAGAAAUUUCUGAAUUUUGUGUUUUGAGGAGUAUAGGGAAGUUAAACGAAUGAGAAAGUCAGGCAGGGAAAAGAGAAAACAAAUUUCUGAAUUUUGUUUUUGUGGGAAUUUGUUUGUUUGUUUGUCUGUUGUUGUUUGGCUGAUGAUUUGGUUGGUGAUGUUUGUACACGAUGGUAUUAAUGGUGUGAAAGAAUGACACAUUCAUGGACUCUCUCUGACUCACUCACCAAAACAUUCUUUCUGCUAUAUAGACUAUAGACUAUAUAGUUUAUGAAGAAUUAAUAUAGCGAAUAGCGUGACCCCAUGAUUUG